GCACUUGGUCACUCAAUUCCAGCUGACCAAAUCAUUUUAUUUGUAUACAAACUAAUUUUAUAAGUAUUCUUUUACAUAUUAUGUGAUGCGGUAAACAGUUACCUCAAAACUGAGCUAACAUCUGUAAUCGGUUGCAAUGCUGCGUGAUUUAUAGUGACUUUUUGUCAGGGCAUUUGAGAGCUUGGGCCUUCCGUUUACGAGGAUGUCGGUAAACUAUAAUAGAAGGCUUCCGAGAAGGAAUAAUAUAGGAAACGCAAGCCACCAACCUAGAAAUGUUGUUAAAAGAAGUACCAAUACUCAAGAAAAACUUCAGACUGGGGUUUAUUCCAAUUCUAGAUUUACUCAUGUUAUUUUCUCGCUAGUGGGUUGUGUCGUGCAUGUUCAAGUCAAGAAUGGCAGUGUCUAUGAGGGUAUCUUUAAAACCAUAUCUCCAGAUAUGGAUGUUGUUUUAGAAAUGGCACACAAGCUAGACAGUGUUUCUAGUGGUGGACGAAAGUCCAUGAACAAUAUACCUUCGAAGGACAGAAUUAUAGACAAAAUAGUAUUCGAUAGAAAUGAUGUGGUGACUGUGACGGCGGUCAAUGUAGAUCUAGAGUAUGCAGUGAGAGAUUCUUUUACAGACACAGCAAUAAGUCGACACAAUGGCCAAGGCUAUGAUAGUGAGGUGCGUGAGUUACAGCCUUGGGAAUCGGAAGGUGGAACCGAGCUGGCCUUAGAUCAUGACUCUAAUGGCUGGGAUGUGCAAGACAUGUUCAAAACAAAUGCUGAACAGUUCCGUGUGAAAUCAACUUAUGAUGAAAGUCUGCAGCAAUAUACAACUCCUCUUAAAAAAUCGGACACCAAAGAGUAUAAGCAGAGAGAGCAAGAGGCUGAGAGGUUGUGCAAGGAAAUAGAAAAAACUGAUGAUCAUAGAACAAGGAAAGAUUUGGAGAAUGGUGACGGUGAUGAAGAAUCAAAAUUUAGUGCUGUUCAGCGUGUCCCAGAUAGGGCAACAGGAAAUGGUCCCACGGAUAGAUACGUUCCUCCACAUGGUCGAUCUGGUGGUUCAAACAUACUGCCACGUAGAGAGACUGGACCGAGACAUAUGCGUUCAAAUGUGCCAAACAAUAAACCAAGAGUGACGUCACCACCUGUUCUUCAGUCUGUUUCAAAUCUGAAUCCAAACUCGUGUCAGGUUUCAAAAGAUGGCUCUGCACCCAGUGUCAGUAUAAAUGGAGAAAAAGAAAUGAAGCCAAACGAUCCAGUUGUAGUGAAAACUAGUCCAGAAUUAACAUCGGUUCAUGCAGUUCCACUAUCAUCGCCUACUAGCUCUAGUAGUUCUGAAACUAAGCAAGACUCCACUGUGCAGUCCCCCAACAGUACACCACACUGGAAAGGUCCUGACAGGAGGAACUCUAAUUUUAAAGGGAAAGAAGCAAUAUCGUCUGGUUUGAGAGAAUUCAAAGAGAACUUUAAGAUUGUAAAUCAAAGAGAUAAAGAGAGCAAGAUGGUUUCUGAGGCUCCAGAAGAACCCCAACCAGAGGAGAGAGUGCCAAGUAAUGAAUCACCAAAAACAAAACUAACAGUAAAGUCGACUUUAAAUCCAAUGGCGAGGGAAUUUGUGCCUGUUGUUAAGCAAACAACUAAGCAGCCAGUACCUCAGACUCCGACCCCACCAAGGCCACAGACACAAAGCCCAGUCAUACAGCCUGCUGUACCAGUGCCUAUGCCACAAUCUAUCAUGUUUCCAAACAACUUCAUGCCAGUGGGUCCUCCCCAGCCUAUACCCACACAGCCAUCGAGAUAUGCUAAAAGAGUUCCGCUUUCCAUGCAGCCUCGUCCUGACUAUUCAGCGGCAGUGCAGCACGCGACAGGCCAGCCCCUGUUGGCUCAAGCAUCCGUGCCCACUCAGCAAUUAAUGUACCAUGUUAUACCACAGGGUGCACCAACCAGUUACCAGGUGAUGUCAGUGCCGACAAAUCCCAGCAGAAUGGUGGCACCAACAUCUAUGCAGAUCAAUGCAGGUGGAAUGGAUCCCAGUCAAGCUGCUGGACAGCUCGCCCACUCGCCUCAGAUUUAUAUGGCUCCUCCAGGCCCAGUCCCAGCCCAUGUAAACCCGCAUGUUCCCGGUCAGCCAAUGUCGCACCCACAACCAGCCCAUAUUGGGCCAGUCCCAGCUGGCAACCCACAGAACCAGACUGGACAGAUGACCCCAGUGUCUGGACCCCACCCAGCCCCAAGUCCUGUCCAGCACAACGUCGGGCCUGGUGGUCAGCAGCAGCACCAAGGCCCACCACAGUCGGGCACUCCGCAACCUCCGGUUAAUUACCAGCAAAUAAGUUUGCAGGGACAUCCACAGCUGCAUUCAGGAUCACAGAAUCCAGCCUCUCCUCAAGGAAUGCAUCCUGCUUCUAUGCCAUAUGCCACGCAUGCUCAACAGUUUACGUUUACACAAGCACAACAGCCGACGUCGGUCAGCCACACCAUGCACUCGCACACACACUCACCACACAUACACCCACAACAGUAUGUAAUGAUGCCUCACCCACCUUCACACAACCAGGUUCAACACCCACAUGUACAACCGCAGUUUCAACCGUCUGGCCAGCACCCUAUACCAGGGGGUGGGCCUACUCCAGUUCACGGUCAGAGCCAUUUGAUCCAGCACCCUGGCAUGCCGACGUCCAUCCCCGUGUCUGCCGCGUCGGGCAUGCACCCGUCACAACUUCACUAUCUUCCUCAAGGUACGUACUGUCGUCCAGCAGUACGCCACACCGCCAGCCUCGGACUCGUCAGUACAUUGCCAUCCCAGGCUGCACCUGUACCAUCUUAUCAACAGGGCCAGUGAGUGCCUGAGUUAGUAGUAUGGGCCUAGACUAAAGUGUGUGAUUGAUUUGGAUUUUCCUACCCGUCAGACAGUGACAUUGUGUGAUCCAAACCUGUUUUUGUUUUUUUUAAGUGAAAAAUGACAACAAAUAUACUGCAAACAGACACCAGACAGACAACGGACAUUGAAUAUUUGUUACUUUUCAUGAGCUAGAACUUCUCGGAGAAUUUCUAAACAUUUUGUCACAAAGUGAAACUGAACACGACACUAAAUGGAACAAAGACUAUACAGUGAAUGAAAAAACCCAAAUGGGUUUGAAAGACUGAAAUGUAAACCUUGAUGAAACUUUAUCCAGGUUUAUCGGUGGGAAAAAAGUAGUGUUGUGAAGCAUGCUGGUGGAAAAAAUGUUCAGAAAAUUCAUUGCAGCUAUUUAUAGUUGCAUCCUGCCCAGUUGAGGUGACAAUUCUGAUAACUUGUUUAAAGAAACCUGUUUAGCACAUCAGAUUCAAAUGUGUCUCCAUCCACAAAUGAGCCUUUUACACAACAUAAUAAUUGUAGGUUGUACUAUACCAAACAAAAUCCCAUAGGCAACAAUGUAAAGGUAUGUGGUUAACACUAUAUGCAAUAUCUCCACCAAACUGACCCAUAAAUAUGGAUACUACAACCCAUCCCCAAAGUUUUAACCGAAGAAAGUGGAACCUUUCAUGGCUCGUUUCAGUGUAACCUGAUGGUUUACAACAUCUAGUUUCACAAACAAAUUGUAGCUAUUUAUUUUACAAGUUGAAGUACCCCAUACAUGUUUCAAAGAUGUGGCUAAUGGACACAGUGGUACAAGGUGAAAUAAAUUUGCAUGCAUUUAUUGCCCAAGUAAAACUUUAUUUUACAACAAACGCUGUCACAUUUAUCACCAGUGUCAGGUCUGGUAGUAGUAUUUGAUCUAUCAAAAGUUCAGAUCACUGAUGGACCCAGACACAUGUUAUUUGGUUUAGUUCUACCUGUAACACUUAAUUUUAAAGAUGCAAUCUCAACUUACCAUUAAACAGCAUUUACUAAUGCAGUGUAUAAACCAUAUUACAGUUUAAUUUACUUGUAUGUUAACAUCAUCUGCUGCCUUACAAUCACCUUGCUUUUAAUAAUUUGUAACAAAACGCUGGCAUGUAACACCUUGCUUUUGGAAUGUUAAAUUGGAGAUGAGUAUAUCCAAAGGACAUGAAAUACUGAUGUGUGACGGUAAGAGAAAUAACGUUGCUGUCUCUUCAGUAAAUGAUUAAACAAUUUAACUAAAUUAGAGAUUGCAGCUUUAACAAAACAUUACAGCAUUUAGUUGUGGUGAGAGCUUAACCAGCCUGUGUUGAACGUCAAUGGUCAGUGAAUCUUUGUGAGAUCUAGCGAGCGAUAACUACAUGCUUUUUGGCAUCACUGAUGCUAAGCGUGUCAGUUUUGCUGAAUAUUCUUUUGUAACAUAAGACAAACUUUAAAAAUGUUUUUAAAGAAAAUGUCGGGGAUUACUUUUGUACUAAAAAUUAACUGCAA